AAGGUCCUUAUCAAGAAAAGGAAUUUGCAGCUACCAUAUUGGAAUCCAGGAUGGCGCUGUCAUUCCUGCCCCGCGUAGAACAGCUAUCGUCCCGGGUGAUCCGUGUGCUGGGCUGUAACCCGGGGCCCAUGACAUUACAGGGCACCAACACGUACCUGGUGGGCACCGGCCAGAGGAGGAUACUGAUCGACACGGGAGAGCCAGCAGUACCAGAAUAUAUCGCCAAUCUGAAGCAAGCCCUACAUGAAUCCAGCACCGCAAUCCAAGAAAUAAUCGUCACUCACUGGCACCAUGACCAUUCCGGGGGCAUAACCGAUAUCUGCAGAGAUAUCAUGAAUGGUUCCGACUGCUCUGUCAGCAAGCUUCCCCGCCAUCCACGUAACGAGGAGGUCAUUGGGGCAGGAGAGCAAAAGUACAAAUAUCUGAAAGAUGGAGAUCUGAUAACGACCGAGGGAGCAACCCUAAGAGUUCUGUUCACACCUGGACACACGGACGAUCACAUGGCUCUGGUUUUAUUGGAAGAAAAUGCCAUUUUCUCUGGGGACUGCAUACUUGGAGAAGGAACAGCUGUGUUUGAGGAGUUGUAUGAUUACAUGAAGUCUUUAGAAAAGCUGCUGGAGGUGAAGGCUGACAAAAUUUACCCAGGUCAUGGUCCUGUUGUUGAAGGUGCAAGAGCCAAAAUUCAGGAAUAUAUUUUGCAUAGACAGGCUCGAGAACAGCAAAUUCUUCAAGUUUUGCAAGAGAAUUCUGGGAAAUCUCUGACCGCCAUGGAGCUUGUUAAAAUAGUUUACAAGGAUACACCGGAGCAGUUACAUGUGGCUGCAGAAUUCAACCUAACCCAUCAUCUACACAAACUGAAGAAGGAAGGAAAAAUAAUACAAGAAGAGUCACCAAGUGUCAGAUGGAAAAGUCACUUAUAAGCAAACAGCAAAGUCUUGUUGAAGUCUACAGAAGGCAUCACUGAAGCACACACCUGAAAUAUAUUGUGGCCUUUCACUGAACUUUGUUAAAGACUAUAUAAUUUAGUAAGGCUACUUUCACAUUAGUGUUUUCAAUUGCGCUAUUGAGAUCCAU